ACAACCUCUGGAGUGACCAGAGCCUGGAGACAGACCCCGACCUCCCCCCAGGCUGGAGGAAAAUCCGUGACUCUCUGGGCACCUACUACUGGCAUGUGCCAACUGGCACAACGCAGUGGCAGCACCCUGCACGCACCACUGGCCCAGGAGGGCGCCCGGAGGCUGAUGGAGAGGAGACACUCCAGGAAAUGGACUGCCAGGCCUUGGUGGCAAAGCACUCGGCAAAGCACAGGCCCAUUCCCAGUUCUAUGGCUUCGCUGUCCCGGAGGACCUCGCUGCCCUGGCAUGGAGAUGACUUCCAGCACAGCACAGAGCCUGGAUCCAAGUGCUUCGCUGUGCACUCUCUGGGCUGGGUGGAGAUCCCCGAGGAGGACCUGGCACCUGGCAAGAGCAGCAUCGCUGUCAACAACUGCAUCCAGCAGCUCUCCAACAGCAAGGGCCAGGGCUCUGCGGAGAACCAGGGUGAGGGCCAGGACCUGGUGAUGAUCCUGAAGAAGGACACCAUGAGCCUGGUGGACCCCCUCAAUGGCAGCCUCAUCCACCGCCAGCCCAUCCUCAACAUCCGCGUCUGGGGCGUGGGCUGCAACAACGGCAGAGACUUCGCCUUUGUGGCCAGUGACAAGGACACCUGUGUCCUCAAGUGUCAUGUCUUCCACUGCAAUGUCCCUGCCAAGGGCAUCGCCAAGGCUCUGCACGAGAUGUGCUCCAAGAUCAUGGCUGAGCGAGCCAUAGCGAGCAGCGUGCUGCCACGUGCUGCCACACUGGAGCCUGUGUCCACUGAGGACCUGCCGCUGCAAGUGGAUAUCCUGGAAGCGGUGAGACAGUCAAUGCAGACCUACGAGGCGCUGUACAUCGGCAGCCUGCCUGUGCCCAGGGCCAUGGGGAUGGAUGUGCUGAACGAGGCCAUCGAGAAGCUGACGAGGGGCCCUGGGCGGGAGUGCUGGACUCCCUCCCUCAUCCGCGUGUCCGACACAGCCAUGAGGGUGCAUCCUGUGCAGGAUGAGGAGGCGGCAGACAUCUGGGAGUGCCAGGUGCGGUACGUGACCUUCCUGGGGGUGGGCCGGGAUGCCCACACCUUUGCACUCAUCGUGGACACAGGACAACACUUUCAGUGUGCGGCCUUCUGGUGCGAGCCCAACGCUGGCAACAUCUCAGAGGCGGUGCAGGCGGCUUGCAUGGUGCAGUACCAGAAGUGCCUGGUGGCUGCU